AUGGGGGCCAUCUUCUUUGCAUUGCUUAGGCCCCCAUUCAAGAAAACAACUUUAAGCCUGUGCUUAAGUCUCAUUAAAGUCAAGGGCUUAAAGUUGAGCUGUGCCUGGGCACAGCCAGGCCUGGAGCCCCAGCGCCCGGUGCUGAACGCCCACAGGCUCUGCCCGGCGGCCCCCGAGGAGGCUGCGGCGGGCGGCGCAGGAGCGAGCCAGGCUGGUGCGGAGCGAGCAGAGCCGCCAGACGCUGCGCGUCCGAGCCGAGCGCAGCCCUGCCCGGGGAGCCCCAGCCGGCCCGAGCCGCGGAGCUGCGGCGCGCAGGGCGGGGAUGGGCAGCGGCUGGGGCGCGCGGCGGGGACACCUGUGACGGGACCCAACAGAUGCCCUGAUGUUUGCCCUUCUCUGUAUAGAGCAGAUCUAUUGGAGACUGGUGGAUGCACAAGCAGUGGCUGUGAAACCCCAGUAAGAGUGCACAUAGAGCCGGGCACGUGCGAAGUCAUCGCCGCCCACAGAUGCUGCAAUAAGAACAAGAUCGAAGAGCGCUCCCAGACGGUGAAAUGCUCCUGCUUCCCGGGGCAGGUGGCGGGGACGACUCGUGCGGCUCCCUCCUGCGUGGAUGCCUCCAUAGUCCUCCAGAAGUGGUGGUGUCAGAUGGAGCCAUGUCUAGAAGGGGAGGAGUGUAAGGUGCUGCCAGACUUGUCAGGAUGGAGCUGCAGUACUGGCAACAAAGUCAAGACGACCAAGGAACUGAAUAGGCCGCAGGCCGUUCCUGUGCAGUGGGGUUGUUACCCCUUGGUUACAGUUGGAGAACUGAGGCACGCAGAGGGGAAGUGACUCGCUGCAUGGCCUCGGGUCACCCGGUAGUUGCUGUGGAACUCUUUCCUGAGGGUUUCUCUGGCAGGCGUCUGCAUUGUGAUGGUCAGCAUUGCGAAAUGGCACAAUCCCAUGUUCGUUCAGCUGCGGGAAGUUCCUGUCGCGUUCUGCAGAGCCGUGAACGGGACUUUCCGGUGGCGGCAGGAACGCAGCAGUGUUGGGAUAGGAUGGCUGUCCCUCUGAGCACUUUAUGGUUCUGACUACAGUGCAUCUGACAGUGGACUCGUGCUCACUCCUUGGAGCGGCACUGAGGAUUACAGAGAAGGGGACGGAUGCACUCCUCUGGCCUGGAAUACUGGGAAACCUCCCUUCUGGAAGUGAAAAACCGUGCUAGCUACUGGUUAAUGCCACCUCUGAGGUAUUGAAGCAGCGAUUGCUAUUGAGGCAAUGGUAAUGGGUUCUGAAUGCAGUUGCAAGACUCCCUUUCACUCCAUGUUUUCCCUCUGCAUCAGGGGUGCACAUGCCAAGAAAUUCUUGAGUCACAUAGACUCUGUUGACAAUUACAAAGAGAAAAAAUGACUUCCUUCGUUUCCAGCCACAUAUUCAGAUAGGAUAAAAUAAUUGCCAGGAGAACCGUAUUUUCCCCCAAGGUUUUGAAUAGGUGUAAUUGUCCGGGUUUUAGAAAUCAGUGUCUAAAUCUUCCCCAUCUUUGUUUCAUUGUUUUUUAAUGAAGACCGGUUUCCAGGAAGAGUUCCUGCAGACAGGGGCCAGAUUCCGAUCUGUCUUCCACUGGCAUAAAACUGGAGUAACUCCACUGAAGUCAAUGGGGAGAUGCUCUGUCUUUGUCUCAGGGUGACUGAGAUCAGAAUCUGGCCUACUGUAUAGCAGAAAUGACAGUGCAGACUGAAACAUCUGAUGCUUUGCUGAAGACUCCUGAUGUGAGACAAUAGACUCGCUGAGCAAAGCGAGGCUGGUUUUUCCUUGCUCAUUAAUUGCACUGAUCAGUCUUUUAGUUCCAAAUCUGAGCUCUGUGAUCCAAGUCAUAGGAGCCACAUUACUGCUCAUGUUUGCAGUAGCAUUUCAGAUUAAUGCGGGGUGGGGGGGGAAUUUCUCUCUGUUUGGUCUGUUGUGCCUGGUGCAGUUUACUUUGUUAUCCAGAGAGAGACUUAAUCUCUUCAUUAAUUCAAAAGAGAGAAAAACCUACCAGGCUCCUGCAAUGAGCUCAGAUCCCUUCCCAGGGCAAACUGUUGUUCCAAAUUUGCUACAAUAUAUGCGGGCGCAGCCCCAUCUAACCCCUUUCUCCCAGCUGCAAACAUCACAAGGGAAAACUCUUUGGUCUGGGGGACUAAUCUCCCUCCCCACCCCAGAAGUCAGUGGAGAAAUUGCCAUUGAAGUCAGUGGAGUAGGACUGGGCUUUGGGCUCCCAAAGGAGAAUUGCAGUGGUCCUUAACCCCCGUUUUGCUCCUUGGGGAGUCCCAGCUCCGACAGUCACGGAAGCCUGUUAUACACGUUGGUUUGCUGGGGAAGGGAAUAGUUAGAACCUACUUAAUCCGACAGUAGUAGUGAAAGUAACAGAUGCCUCCUCAAUGGAAACCUUGUUACUCGUCCCUAAAAAGUCUUUCAGCUCCAGCCCUCGCUGUGUUACACCCCUAGAUGUUGGUACCAUUAUGGUUCCCUUGACUCAGGAAGGCUCAAUGGAUUUAAGCCUCGGAAGUGAAAAUACCUGUAUGAUCGUUGGUUGCCUACAAUGCAAAGUGUAACCCAAAGGGGACAUGUGACUGACGCGAAAACCUGGUGCGGAGAUGACAUGGAUUCCAGGAGUAACAGGAGGGAGUGGUGUGGGAAGUUCUAGGCAAAGAGCAAACAGCAGCACGUUUCAAACGCAGCCUGGCUCUGUUCUGUUUUGCAGCAGCCUGGUGUCUGUGCUACAACUGUACAACCUGCUGGAGUUGUUACUGGAACGUUUUUGUAGCGGGGUAUGUAAUCCCUGCCUCAGAUGCGAUGUAAAUACCAGACUGUGAAAUAUUAAAUUCAUUUUAAUCUC